AUGGCGGCGGAAGCCUAUCGCUUCCAACUGACGCGAGUUUGUUGGAACUCCCUCUGCAUAAUACUGCUUUUCUCUAUGAACAAUAUUGGUAAGCGUUUUUUAAAUCUUUAAAAUACGGUAUUGAAAAUUUGUCGAAUUUGUAAAAUACGCGUUGGAAUGUUGCCACCCCAAUUUUUCAGUUUUCCCUUGCAAGGUCGAAGAUUGUACCGGCAGAUACUCGCAACUGAUGCAUGACAAAGUCUUGAAUCCGACGGAGAGCCCGGAGUAUUGUGCGGUAAGGGAGCGUGAGCAUUUCUAAAAUGCCUUUUUUGAUGACUUUGUGGUAAAUUUCCGUUGAUGAUUUAUUGUAGAAAGAAAACAUUUUUGGCACGAAGCUAACUUUGCAAAAUAGGAGUAGAAAAAAAGAUGUUUUUGCGGAAACAUUGAGCUUCAUGCAAAUAGAACUCUGGUUUUUGGCUCCUAAAGUCCAAAAAAGUGUUUUCCCGUCUCUCCAGUUUUCUUAUAGUCUCUUUUCUCUCUCUCUCUCUCUCUCUCUCAUCAUUUUUAAAAAAAUUGCUGCCAAACCUCUGUACAGCGAAUUGGAAGAUACCAAAAAAAAAACACAUUCGUUAUAGCAAUGUUUUAUUUCUGCAGAAGUUAAUUUCGACCUGAAAACGACCACAAGACCCCUAAUUUUUUGUCGUAGACAGGUCUUGUUUUGCAGAGCUUCCACUGUACUCCCACAUGAUAAAUAUUGAUUACAUUUAUCUCGUUGAUUACUUGUUUUUCAGGGGCAAAGUUGCGAGAACAUUGAAUUUUGGAAACACCCGGAGAAAACGCCCUUUUUUGUCCUGUUUUAUUGCUCGGAGCGCGUUUUCCGUGAUAAAAUUUAUGUUAAAACAAAUCGCGGCGACUUUACGAUCCCCCUUCAUGAAAGAUUAAACAUUGGUCUUGAUGAUCAUUAAAGAAAAAGCUUAAAAAACCAAAAAAAAAAUCGAAUUUCAGGUGCUUUUCGAGUAUAUUCAAUGUCUGACGACAAUCCAGACCGAAUGCCGAUCGUUCUUACACUUCCACUCAUCUUUUACCGCCGCCAAUCAGCGAUGGAAGCGGUUUCGAUGCGAGAAAGAGACGUUGCCGGCGUUGGAGACAAGUCGGGAGCAGCAAACGUAUGAAUUAUAUGUUGGAGUAGACAUUAAAAGAUUAAAACUUGAAAAAAAUGAUUCUUGCAUACGAGUAAACAUAGCGAGCAAGAAAUUGUUUACUGUAAAAAAGUUUCGUUAUACGGGGGUUCGUUUUGGCCUAAAUUCAAUUCUUCGGUUCUCAGAACAAUGUUAGUAGUAGACAAGUUUCGCUAGCAGGAAUUCGGUGUGGAGAGGUUGCAUUGCAAUCAAAAACAACCCAAUUUUUUAAAAAUACGUCAAAAAAAGUUUAAAAAAAUAUGAAAAUAAAAAAAAUUUUAGUUGCUCCGCCAUGCCGCGAGAAGAUCAACGAACAUGCGCGUUUUUCGGCCGCGCCCAUCUCCGCCGCACUGAUGGGGCCAUGGAAACUUGUGCUGAAAUCGGCACUCGGCCCUUGAUUGACAACAAAUUUUUGGUUGUACAGGUAAGUUAAGCCCAACUUUUAAAAAUUUUUUACCCUUUUUAUGGUGGUUACAAUUCGAUUUUACAGGUGACAACGCGGCCCGAAACAUAUUCGCAAUAUCCAUUGGUUGUUGUUUCAAAGGCAAGUCGUGGAAAAUUUUAAUGCUACUAUUUUACACAACGGAAAAAUUACAAGGGAAUAAAAAAAAUGUGUUUGUUAUAGUGGGGCCACACAUUUUUUGGUUGUUGAGCGCUUGUUUUGGCCUAAAAUUAACCUUUGGGACGUGUGAAAUUGUUCAAUAGACAACUUUUUGUUGUACCGGAGUUCGUUGUACCAGGGGUAAAAAUGGAUUUCUUCCUCCGAAAUUUCAACUCUUUAUGUGUGGGCAGUGAGACCUCUGUACAACAAAACUUCUCUAUAACAAACACUUCUUUUUUGAAUUCAGGUUUAUUCUUCAGACGGUUGUAUCAUCUGUCGGGAAAAUUAUGAACACAGUGUCGCAGUGCCCAAGAAGUGAAAAAUCAUUUUUAUCGCGACAAAAUUCAUUUUCUCGGCGGCGAUGCGACUUUCGAUACAACAGAAUGCUUAUUAUUUUCCCGACAGACUGAUAUUUAGAAGUCUGCCAAACUUUGACAUUUUCCAUAUGUGUCUACACCUGUGAAGACGGGUCAUUAGAUUUCUCUCACAUGGCGCCUGGACUGUCAUUUUUAUUUUUCACGCCAUUUCACAAUGUCGGCGUUUCCGCGCAGAUGUCUGAACCAGUAAAAGAGAAUUGGGACGGAAGUCAUUUAAUGGCCGUUUUUUGGUACAUGUUUCUUUUUGAGUAGCCGCUGAAUUUUACUGUAAUCGUCUAUUAAGGUCUUCAUUUUGAUCUUCUAGAAAUUUGAUCAAGAAAUUGCGUUUUUAAAAGGCCUUUCUUGAAUGAUAAUGCAGUAAAAUCUCUGUAAAAAACUCUCGUAAUAAAAACUGUCUAUAACGAACAAUUCCAGCGGAGUCAAGGCUCAAUUGAAGGCCAAAACGAACUCUCGCAUAACAAAACCUUUUCUAUAACAAGCAAAUUUUUUGGUUUCUUGCGAUUCAUUGUACAGAAAACUGCGUGUAGCUCAUCAACGAUCAAUUUGUACCCCUAACUCCGCAAUUUCAACCUAAUUUCUGUGCAAAUUACACUUCCUGAUGUCACCCGCUCCUUAUCCACCAACACAAUUCACCGAUUUGCGGACGCUCUAAUCGAUUAAUUUCCAAACUUUUCAAAGCCCGUCGACCCGUAAACUUGGUUUCGGUUUCCCGCAAAACCGGCGGCUCUUGCGCGCCAUUGAUUUACGACGGCGUUCCGUCGACGAAUCAGUAGACAGAACGUCGACGAACCGCUUCCGCUCUUCGUGGAAAUGGAGACAGCGCGGCGCCCAUAAACUUGGGAAAAAGAUUUAUAUCGUGCGCUUCCGCCGCCGGGCACAAUGCUCGGGAAUUGUAGGGUUAGGCGUACUGUAAUUUGGAUGUGAAAUUGAACUUUUGAUGACAGUAGGGAACGUUAGUUUUGUCAAAAUCUGGUAAUUGGAGAGAUGUGAAGAAUGGCUUAUACAGUAAAUAAAAGUAAAUCAAAGAUGGUAGACAUAUGAAUUUUGAUCAAGCUUGGGUCAAGUUUAUCAAUUAGCGCAUGCACAAAAUUUUGGCUAAUUAUAGAAAAAUCGUAAUAUUUUUCAAGUUGAAAAUUGUCCAAAGAUUGCUUGAACAGAAAAAUUUUCAGACACAAACAAAAUUUUUAUUGAAUCGCGCGUUGCAGAAACUUUUUUACAAUAUCAUUUUGGAAACCUUUUUCUCUGUAGCUACUCUAUAUUAUCGCUCACGAAAGUCUUUUUUAGAAACUAAAUUUCUUGAUCCUUCAAUUCUCUUUUACCGAUUCAGACGGAGACGCCGACAUUGUGUAAUGGCGUGAAAAGAAAAAAUGACAUUCCAGGCGCCAUGUGGGAUAAAUCCAAUGAUCUAUCUUCAAAUGAGUAGUAGAGAAACACAAGUAGAAUAUGCAAAACAGCAACAAGUACCCAGAUUGUACACCUGCUCUAGCGAUUUGGAUGAAACUUGGGCCACAUUUUGAGCAAAAAGUUUUGAGCUGUUUUGAAGACAUACCUGAGGUUGAUUUUCUGAUUUGAUUUUGCAGAAAAAAUCGGGAUUAUUAGGCCGAAACUUGUAAUAAAUUAGAAAUAUUUUAUUGGGAGAGGCACUUUCAAAACUAACAUUCAAUUUUCGAUGAAUACAUAGAGAUACAAUAAUAUGCAUAAAACAAUAACCCCUUUCAGGUAUCCAUUAUAUUACGUUCGAACAGUCUCUGCGAAGAGACGCGUAUCUACCAGGCGGACGCAGAAGACCCCCGUCUUCCGAACGCCUUUACCGAUGGCACAACCUACGCCGGUGAUGACAAUGAUCCUCCUCUCAGUCUGGCCAAGCGGAAUGAAUCCACAAUUCGAAUCUUUGUUAAUUACCUGGCAACGGAGAUUGUGAUCCACAAGAUUGAAAACUGUCGACUGGCGGUCGUUGUGAAUACUCCGGAGAAGGUGUUACAUCUCGAGUACGACGACUCGCCGCUCCGCCAACUUUGUCUGACCGGCUGUCCGUUGGCUGUACAUAAUGUUAGAGAGGCCAUUGAAGAGACCAACACUUUCACGAAAUGUCAGGGACUUAGGAGGACAAAGUACGAAAAACCCGAGGCUUAUGGUAAGAAAAUUUGUUGAGGAUUUUGCAAAAUGGGAAAAAUGAUAUUUGGCCCGGAUUUACGAAGAAAGUAGUUCAAUUGCGACGCUAAAAUUUUACAGGGUCUUUCAAGAAACGUGAAGGAAUAGAAGGCUAUAACUUUCGGCGGGGGCGGCGCAGAGAGCUCGUUUUUGGAACAUGUAUUUUUAAGCAACAUUAUUUUUUGCCUACGAAAUAACAAGCUUUUAGAGUGCAAACUGAGGUCGCUACGACCUUCUGAAGUAGAGGCAUCUCUACCCCGAAAACCAGGUUUUUUCGGUUGAAAAUGAUCGAGAAAUUUUGGUCUUUUUCGGUUGAAAAUCACCAAGAAAUGUCGGAUUUUUUGGGGGGUUUCGAUAGAGUUGACGCUGAAAAAAAGGGAAGGAUGUUGCCAACACGUUGGAAAUUAAGCAAAUAUUCGGCUAGCCUCAACUUGGGGCAGAUUUCGAGUUUAUUUUUCAGUAUCUUCCGCGAAGAAGCGUGACAUCAUUUAGGGAUUUGAGGAACCUGGAAUCGGCUAGCCAAGGCACCAGAAUGGCUGUGAAGUCUUAUAAAAACUAGUCAAAGGGUGUAAUAGGCGUCAAAGGGCAGGAAUGACAACCAAGCUUUAAAACUGCUAGCAAAAACUGGCUAGCCCAAGUGUCAGAAUAAAGAGUAGCCGAAUAUUUGCUUAAUUUCCAACGUUUUGGCAACAUCCAUCCCUUUUUUCAACGUCAACUCUAUCGAAACCCCCGAAAAAAUCCGACAUUUCUUGGUGAUUUUCAACCGAAAAAGACCGAAAUUUCUCGAUCAUUUUCAACCGAAAAAACCUGGUUUUCGGGGUAGAGAUGCCUCUACUUCAGAAGGUCGUAGCGACCUCAGUUUGCACUCUAAAAGCUUGUUAUUUCGUAGGCAAAAAAUAAUGUUGCUUAAAAAUACAUGUUCCAAAAACGAGCUCUCUGCGCCGCCUCCGCCGAAAGUUAUAGCCUCCUACUUUCCUUCACGUUUUUUGAAAGACCCUGUAAUGGAACUUGGCUCAAAUUAAGAAUAAUUUUUUUUCCGAGAGAUUUUAUAAAAGCGUUUCUUUGUAAAAAUGAUCGAAAAUUUUGGUCAAAAAGUUGGCAAAGGCUUGACACUUUUUGCCAAAUUUUGGUCAUGAAAAAUGUCAUGAUUAUGCCAACCGGAGAUGACAACAUUUCUACAAAAAAUCAAUUUUUUCUGGGAGAAACUAGGAAAGUUAUGGCCAAACGUCGGUAAAAUUUGCAGAAUAUCCCGGUUGACAAGGCAAAACGCAAGCUAAAAUUUUCACGAAUUUAAUGCAUUAUCUAUUUUAAUAUGGUUUUUGAAUAUCUCAGUUGCAGCAAGAAAGCUGAUGCUAAAAUCUAGGGAAGUAUUUUUAGGGACCAAUUUAACUGGAUUUCCCGAAAAUCCUAGAACUAAAAUUGGUUUAGUCUUUACGUAAAAAUAUUAUGCCAUUUUCCUAAUGACUCCUUUAUCCCUCAAAUCCCCGUAUUUUCUUAUUAUAAAGACCUCUAGAUGUAUUAAUACUUGAUCCACUUUCAGACGUCUGCCGUCAAGACCACGUCCGUGGUGAUCUCCAUUCCAGUUGCGCAUUUGACCUCAUGUUUGGCACAACCCUCUCCUCUAAAAACCGCACCGAAGCCGCUGAACAAAUCGUUGACGAAUGGCAUACAGUAGUCAGGACACUGCGUUACUUCGACGCGUUGAAAUCAACCAGAAGUCGAGCGGCCAUCGCAUCGGUCCGGAGAUUGGAACGGACUCGAGUGAAAUGCGCCUUUUCUGCGGCGAAUACUCUUGGGCGUAGCGGGUCAAUUUUUAUUUCGUUAUUUGUUUUUGUAAUUUGUUUGAUGAAAGACAUUUUGUAA